ACUAAUCAGAACCAUCUGUCUCAGACGAGGCCCCUAUUUGCAUUGUUUAGCAUACUCCGAAAAUGAAGAGCUCAUUUCUUACAUUCCUCCUGCAAUUGGUCUAAUGCAGAAUUACAGUGCGGGGCUAAGCUGAACCAGGUGCACCCCCAGAGCUCGCUGCAGUGUGCAUGGGGCGGCUGCAGGACUGACAUCACCCUCCGCUCCCUCCGAGAGAGAAAGAGACCCCCUCAGCUUCUGAUUCCCGGACCCCGGGCAUCCACCAUCCCUUACUAUGCUCAACUUCAGGAUAUUGGCCCUGAUCACACUCAGCUUCUGCCUCCCAGACCCGGCGCGUGGACAGCUCCAGUGCUCCAAUGGCUUUGAAAUGGACAGAGCGACAGGAGAAUGUUUAGACAUAGACGAAUGUCGGAUCAUCGCGGACGCCUGCCGUGGUGAUAUGAUGUGCGUGAAUCAAAAUGGAGGCUACCUCUGUAUCCCCAGGACAAACACAUUAUACAGAUCACCCUACCGAAACCCCUUUCUUCCUGCUGCUGCCUCCCCUCUGGCUCCACCUCUUACGGCGUCCAACUUCCCAUCGCCAGCACGACCACUUAUCUGUCGCUUUGGAUACCAAAUGGAUGAGAACAGUCAUUGUGUUGAUAUCGAUGAAUGUGCGAGCGACUCCCAUCAUUGUAACCCCACCCAGGUGUGCAUAAACACGGAGGGCGGCUACACCUGCUCCUGCACGGAGGGAUACUGGUUACUGGAGGGACAGUGUCUGGACAUAGAUGAAUGCCGUUAUGGAUACUGCCAGCAACUUUGUGCCAAUGUGCCCGGAUCCUAUUCUUGCACUUGUAACCCCGGAUUUUUGCUGAAUUCUGAUGGAAGAUCGUGCCAAGAUGUGGAUGAGUGCACCACAGAGAACCCAUGUGUUCAGAGCUGUGUGAACACCUACGGAUCGUACCUGUGUCGCUGCGAUCCGGGUUACGAGCUGGAAGAGGAUGGCAUCAACUGCAGCGACAUGGACGAGUGCAGCAUCUCGGAAUUUCUGUGUCAGCACGAAUGCGUCAAUCAGCCCGGCUCAUACUACUGCAGCUGUCCGCCUGGGUACACCUUGCUGGACGACAGCAGAACAUGUCAGGACAUUGACGAGUGUGACACGAGGAACAACACCUGCACCUUGCAGCAGUCCUGCUUUAAUUUCCCAGGAAACUAUCAGUGCUUAGAUCCUGUGCGCUGCGAGGAGCCAUAUAUCCAGCUGAAUGACAAUCGGUGUAUGUGCCCUGUGGAGAACCCUACCUGCCGGGACCAGCCCUUCACCAUUGUCCACAGACACAUGGACAUAGUGUCCAACAGCAGAGUCCCUGCAGACAUCUUUCAGAUGCAAGCCACCAGCCGCUACCCUGGAGUCUACUACAUCUUCCAGAUAAAGUCUGGUAACGAGGGCAGAGAGUUCUACAUGAGGCAAACAGGACCCAUUAGCGCCACUCUGGUGCUGACGCGACCAAUUAAAGGGCCCCGAGACCUGACUCUGGACCUGGAGAUGGUAUCUGUGAACACCGUGGUUAACUUCCGAGGCAGCUCUAUCAUCCGGUUGAGAAUAUUUGUGUCGCCGCACUCCUUCUGAGCCCGCACUUAAUUGUGUAACCGCAUCCUCCCUUUCCUGAUGCAGGGGCCUAGAUGAGAAUAUGAAUGUUCACCUACAGAUUAGCUCAUAACAGAGGGAAACAUAAAACUAUUCCAGAUUUUUAAAAUUAUUGACCAGACCUCCAGCUUGUGAUCGAUCUCGUUGCUCUACUGUCCUGCUUCACCACAGCGCCACCUGCUGUCAAAAUCAUGACAUUUAAAUUAUCACUGGCUCUGCGGCAUCAGGAAAGGGGAUUUAUUUAAGCAAUAUACAUUUUGAAUGUUUUUGUUUAUUUGGAUAAAGAAAAUGGAAUUUUAACUUUUUUGCUGUUUUUAUGUGGAAAAUUUCAAUUAAAUAAAUUGGAAAUAUUAA